AACGAAUUGUCUGCAACAAAAACUUGGGAAACGACGCCCCGAACCUUAUCUUAAAGCUCUGCAAACUCUCUUUUCAGAGGAAUUCAGUCAUUUUUGAACUCCAAGACAGAAGAUUUGACCCACUCCAUAGCCCUGAAUUAAAUCAAGUAUAAUUGCUUCUACCAUAUCCUACAAUAAUAAUAACAACUUUAGGGUUUUCCUCACUCUUACAGUUGUAAAGCGCCAAUUCUUCUAAAUGUAAUGCUCUGUGCUGCAUGAAGUCCGUGCAAAUUAUUUAAGAUUACGCUUGUCCGGCCUACAUUUUACUCCGGAGACUUCUGUGCCGCAUCUUUUAUUUUGGAGGUCCCCUAUUUUUAGGGUAGGUUAUACGAUUUGGGGAAAAAAUGGGAGCGGAUACGGUUGUGCAGUGCAACAAUCGACAGAGGCUUAUCAGGAAAAGAGAGAUUGAGGGUGAUAGUUUUGCAGUGGAGGGGAUUCAUAUGAGCGGUGGAAGGAAGGAAAAGAGGGGGGCUGAAGAGUUGUUGCCUUGUCCAGACUUUGAGGAGAUGGUUUAUCCGCGCGGAUGGUCUGAGGGGAAGAAAAGGAAGCUCGUUAAUGUCGAUGUUGUGGAAAGCAUGCGGCGUAUUGCCAUUCAGGAAAUGAACAGAAAGGAUAGAGAAAUUGAUGGUUUAAAUGAACAAUUAGAGGAAGAUUGCAAAACUAUGGAAUUGUUGCAACUUCAACUUCAGCAAGAGCGUGCUAAACGAUUAGAAGCAGAACGUCAAAAUGCUUGGCUAAAUGAACAGGUUUCUACAAUAAUGGACAUGAUACAUGACACUCCAAAAGAAGAUGAAAAUCCAACAAGGAAAGUUUUGUCAUAAUGUGUAGUAAUAUAGAAUUAAAGUUUGAAAGUAACUUCUCCUUUCCUAUCAUAUGUCCAAUUUAUAUGGAAAUGCUAACUCAAUAUUAUAAUCAUACAAAGCUCUUAAAUAUAGAUAGGGUGGCAUCCAAUUUUUUUUUUU